UUUGCCUAAUAGAAAAGAAGUUGCAGACGUUUGAUCUGGACAUACAAGAAAGCAAGCAAAACAUAGGAUGAUGCCUCAGAGCUCCAUCAAAUACAAUGAGGCACAUCUCUUCCAGACCUUCAAUGGCCUUCAACAUCUCGCUGAAACGCGUCGUUUCAAGGCAUGGUUAUUGGAUCAAUUUGGAGUACUUCAUGAUGGAAAACAACCUUACCCUGGUGCAAUUUCGACUUUAAAAAAAAUUGCAAGUAGUGGUGCAAAAAUGGUGAUUAUUAGUAAUUCUUCACGGCGUGCGUCUACUACAAUGGACAAAAUGAAGAGUCUUGGAUUUGAUCCUUCUCUUUUUGUUGGUGCUAUUACUAGUGGGGAAUUAACUCAUCAAUUCUUGCAAAGGAGAGAUGAUGACUGGUUUGCAGCAUUAGGAAAAUCAUGCAUUCACAUGACCUGGAGUGACCGCGGCGCUAUAUCACUGGAGGGUCUAGGAUUACAAGUUGUGGAAAAUGUUGAGGAAGCUGCGUUUGUUCUUGCCCAUGGUACUGAAGCCUUGGGGCAGCCUUCUGGUGCUGCUUGUCCUAUGACUCUUGAGGAGCUUGAGAAAAUAUUGGAGCAUUGCGCUGCUAAAGGAAUUCCUAUGGUAGUAGCCAAUCCAGACUUUGUAACCGUUGAAGCUAGAAACUUGCGAGUAAUGCCUGGUACACUGGCUGCAAAAUAUGAGAAGCUUGGGGGUGAAGUUAAAUGGAUGGGCAAGCCAGAUAAGAUAAUUUAUAAAUCGGCUAUGGUCAUGGCCGGUGUUGAUGCACUUGAUUCUAUUGCUGUGGGUGACUCCCUUCACCAUGAUAUUAAAGGUGCAAAUGCAGCUGGGAUCCAGUCAGCAUUUAUAACCGGUGGGAUUCAUGCUAGUGAACUUGGACUUGGGAGUUUUGGAGAAAUAGCAGACUUAUCUUCUGUACAAGCACUUGCAUCAAAAUAUGACGCUCAUCCAUCAUAUGUAUUACCAUCAUUUACAUGGUAGGAACUUUUUGUUCCUAGGCAUAGUAUCUGGUUGUUUGAUUCUUCAAGUUUAUUAAUCCAAUUACUGGGGGAUAAGAUCCAUUAACCACCCAUGAUAGCACCAUUGCAAAAUGGUGGGAGGUGAACGGGUGGUUGACCCAAUUAUUUUGGAAAUAAAGCACAUGCUUAGAGGCUAUUAGAGGAACAGCGGAUUCUUACCACUCUUGAGCAAACUCUCAUGUCACAGUGCCAAAAAAAAUCUGUAUAUUUAACUUUCUGAUUUAAUAUCAAUUGAUCCUCUCUAAAGCUGUCGUUGUACCAUUACAGGAUAUGCUGAUGGAAAAAUCCUGAUUAUUUUGAGUU